ACAAGCAAGCAUAAUGUGCAUCAGAGAGGCAUAACAAGCAAGCAAAAGGAAGCAACGUAUUACCCCAUCAACGGCGCCAUCGGGGCUUGCUUCAUUAAGAUCAGCAGUGGUAAACUGAUGCAAGCAUCCAACCAUCCAAGACCUAUAAUCCUCCACUUGUGGCCCGAAGGUCCUGGGUUCAAACCAGCCUCUUUGCAAAAUUUUAGAAGAAUUUUGCAAGAGUAAGGUUGAUUAGGAAUUCCUUCCUCAGACCCCACCUUGUGUGGAAGCUUUCACACUAGUGGUAAAGGGCCCUAGGGAAUCAAGUACGCAAUGCAGAGCAUCAAGAAACUCUGGAACGAGUGGGAAAUUCAGUUCUUGGUGCUCCUCAGUUUCACAUUACAAACUUUCCUCUUCUUUUCCGGCAGUCUUCGGCGGCGUAGCAAAAACAUGUUACUUAAUUUCAUAAUUUGGACAGCUUAUCUGGGUGCAGACUUGGUAGCAGUUUAUGCCCUUGGCUUUCUCUCAAGACAUGAGGAUACAACCACGGGUAGUGGCACCUUAAGAGGGGUUCACCAACUAGCUUUCUUUUGGGCACCUUUCCUUCUCAUACAUCUUGGUGGACAAGACACUAUCACUGCUUUUGCCAUUGAAGACAACAAUUUAUGGUUGAGGCAUUUGCUGAAUUUGAUUGUUCAAGUUACCCUUGCCAUCUAUGUAUUUUGGAAGUCCAUUGAUCAAUACAGUUAUCAACUUACAGCUCCAGGUAUUUUUGUUUCUAUUACUGGAAUUAUCAAGUAUGGGGAAAGGACAAUGGCCUUAAUGUAUGGGAACCUAACAAACAUGAGUGGCAUUCUUCAGAAAAUGAAAAACACGAGUGAUUCCAAUACCACUGAGAAUGUGGACGAGGUUCGAAGACUGGAGCAGGCUGAUGAUGUUGGCUAUCUUGGUAUUGUUUCUUUUGCUUUGAUAUCAGCCCCAGGUGUCCGAGAACUCUUUGCCGGACACACCUUGCACCAAAUGGAAGUUGACCAAAGGGAUGUACUGACAUCUACAAUUCAUGAGGCCCACAUGCCCAAGUUACUUGAGGUUGAACUUGACCUAAUGUACGACGAUAUCUACACCAAGGCUCUGGUGAUUCGUACAAAAAGCGGCAUAAUACUUCGAUGUUUAUCUCAAAUUUCUAUGGUAGUCGCUUUUGUGCUCUUCCUUGUAAGCAACCAUCAUGGGUACAGCAGGGCAGAUGUUGCAAUCACAUAUGUGUUAUUUGCCGGAGCCUUUGUUCUGGAAGCUUGUGCAGCAUUUAUGUUACUGAUGUCGCCAUGGACUUGGUCAUGGUUGAAGACCCGAAGGUUCUGUGGGCUCGCUCAUUUAUGCACAGCCCUCCUCUCCAGCAGUAUUGCGCGGUCAGAGGGGAGGCCUCUGUGGUCAAAUUCCAUGGGGCAGUACAACUUUCUGAGCUAUGUCGGUUGUGAGAAGUCGAGGCUGUCCAAGCUAGUGAAGAGGGUGGCGAGGAUGACCGCAAGCCUAGUUGGCGCCAAUGAAGGAAAGCUAUUGUUGUGGCUGAGCAAGCUUUUGGACACUGAACAUGUCGAGGUGGACAAGACGACAAUGGAGUCUGUCAUACAAACUGUCUAUAAAUCACAUGGUGAAAGCACGAUCAGUCUAGGGGAUGCUCAACACUGGCCUAACAUUGGCCCCUUCCUGAAAGGACUGCUGCCCGACUUUGGCGCCAGUCUAGGUUAUGGCAUUGUGUGCUUUCAUCUAUUUACAGAGGUACACCUACGUAACUACCAACUUACGAAUAAUGUUAGUCACUUGAUAACCGCAUGCCGCAAUCUGUCCAACUACAUGCUUUACCUUCUGGUGGCACGACCUGAAAUGCUACCUGUCAGUGGCACCACCCGACCUACCCUAAAAUUAUUUCUAGACGACAUCGCCAGAGAAAAUUGGGACAGACAGAGCCUUGGAGUUGGAGACCAACUAGUACUGCACAGAGCCAGAUUUCUUGUUCUGAAGAAGUUGGGUUUAUCCUCUGAACCUGAGGCAUGCAGAGAAACGUUGGAGGAGAUAUUGAGUGUUUGGACGAGGCUGCUUGUUUACUCUGCCGGCAAGUCGCGAGCGGCAGUGCAUGCGUCGGGGCUGAGCACAGGAGGGGAGCUCAUCACCUUUGCUUGGUUACUCAUGGCGCACCACAAGCUUGGCGAUGUUGGACAACGGAAUGCCUUCCUCUUACCCGGAGCCGAUUGACAUAUAGAAUUGUUGUAGUAUAUACUUAGUGUACGAAGUACUCCCUCCGUUCCAAAUUGUAGGUUGUUUUAGCUUUUCUAGAUUUAUAAAUAUUAUUAUGUAUUUAGAUAUACACUAUAUCUAAGUGCAUAGAACUAGAAAAGCUAAAACGACCUAUAAUUUGAAACGGAUGAAGUACUUUCUAAUCUCUUGAUUGAUUUAGCUUGCAGUAUAAGUUGCGGUAAUGUAUUAUGUAUGUUCAGAAUAAGUACAACAUAUUUCAACAAUAUAUUUAAUAUCUUGA